UAGACUCUGUAAUCCUGGAGGCAUGCUGGGUCCUACAACUAAGUUCCACAGAAUCUGAAAUACCUGUUAAGUGCAAGUUCAGUGACAACACUCAGAAAACCUGAGAACUUCUUAAAAAUAACUUUAAAAACAAACUCAUGCACCGUAUAUUUUAAGUGCAAAAAUAAUUUGAGGUUUUUUUUGGGUAUGGGUAUAGAAAGACAUCUCUGUAUAAUAGUACGUGCAAUCAAUUACUUAGGUUUUUCCCUUAGUUUCUGACAACACCGAAUAGGGACACUCAUUACUGGGGACUUUUCUAACUAUACUUGCAUCACGAUCACCUGAAGGAUUCAAAAAAUACACAUUGCUGCUCUUUCCUCCUUCCGGAAACGCUCUCGGCAAGUCAAGGGCGGGGCUGAGCAGCGGAAUUUUUAAUCAGUAAAGUAGGUGAUUCUUACACUCGUGGAUGUUUUUGAGCCACUUAAAGGAGGUAACUCCCUCCAGGAAGCCGGACUUCCACGACCAGAACGGCGGUGGGGGGCGCCCAGGCACCUGUGGUUUGGUGAGUUCCCCCGGCGACUGAGUCAGAGUCAAGAGCAAGACGCGCGCGGAAGCUCCGGGCGUCUGCGCCGGGUCAGCGCGAGGGAAAGCACUGAGAAACUACAGUGACACUGAAACCGAAGGAGAGAUUUUUAAUUCUUUAGUGCAAUAUUUUGGUGGUAAUUUAGGGCGAAAAGUUAAAGCUAUGCCAUUAGUUGAAGAAACUCCUUUACUUGAAGAUUCAUCAGUGACUUUGCCUGUGGUAGUAAUAGGAAAUGGACCCUCAGGAAUCUGCCUUUCUUAUAUGUUAUCCGGCUACAGACCAUAUUUAUCAUCAGAAGCAACACAUCCCAAUACAAUCUUACAUAAUAAAUUAGAAGAAGCAAGACAUCUUUCCAUCAUUGAUCAGGACUUGGAAUACUUGUCUGAGGGCCUUGAGGGUCGGUCAUCCAAUCCAGUUGCAGUACUUUUUGACACACUUCUUCAUCCAGAUGCUGACUUUGGGUAUGAUUAUCCAUCCGUUUUGCAUUGGAAAUUAGAACAGCAUCAUUAUAUCCCUCACUUAGUUCUUGGUAAAGGUCCACCUGGUGGAGCUUGGCAUAAUAUGGAAGGCUCCAUGUUGACAAUCAGCUUUGGAAACUGGAUGGAGCUACCUGGACUUAAAUUCAAAGAUUGGGUAUCCAGCAAACGAAGGAACCUGAAAGGGGAUAGAGUUAUGCCAGAGGAAAUAGCUCGCUACUAUAAACAUUACAUAAAAGUCAUGGGUCUUCAGAAGAAUUUCAGAGAGAAUACUUAUAUUACCUCUGUUUCAAGACUCUAUAGAGAUGAAGAUGAUACUGAUGGUCAAGACAGAGACAUUUCAACACAGCAUUUACAGAUGGAGAAGUCAAAAUUUAUCAGGAGAAACUGGGAAGUCAGGGGUUAUCAGCAAAUAGCAGAUGGUUCCCAUGUUCCGUUCUCUCUCUUUGCUGAGAAUGUAGCUCUUGCAACUGGAACACUGGAUUCUCCUGCCCACCUAGAAAUUGAAGGGGAAAAUUUUCCUUUCGUGUUUCAUUCAGUGCCUGAAUUUGGAGCUGCUAUAAGCAAAGGGAAGUUGCGCGGCCAAGUGGACCCAGUAUUAAUUGUAGGUUCUGGGCUUAGUGCAGCUGAUGCAGUACUUUGUGCUUACAACAACAACAUCCGUGUGAUUCAUGUAUUUCGCCGAAGAGUAACUGAUCCAAGCUUAAUUUUCAAACAGCUUCCCAAAAAGCUUUAUCCAGAAUACCAUAAAGUCUAUCAUAUGAUGUGUACUCAGGCAUACUCUGUAGACUCGAAUCUUUUAUCUGACUAUACCAGUUUUCCUGAGCACCAUGUGCUUUCCUUUAAGUCAGACAUGAAAUGCAUUCUUCAAAGUGUCUCUGGAUUGAAGAAGAUAUUGAAGCUCUCUGCAGCAGUAGUACUGAUUGGUUCUCAUCCCAAUCUGUCUUUUCUGAAGGAGCAAGGGUGUUACCUGGGCCAUAACUCAAGCCAACCAAUCACAUGUAAAGGUAAUCCUGUGGAAAUAGAUGCAUACACCUAUGAGUGUGUUAAAGAAGCCAACCUUUUUGCAUUGGGUCCUUUGGUUGGAGACAAUUUUGUUCGAUUUUUAAAGGGAGGGGCACUGGGCGUUACACGCUGUUUGGCUACAAGACAGAAGAAAAAGCGUUUAUUUGUUGAGAGAGGAGGAGGAGAUGGGAUAGCUUAAAGUUUACAAAAGUUUACAAGUAAUUCAUAUGGACAGUUUACCAUUAAAGAUUUUUUAAUAGUGGUUUUGCAGUGUCCUGGCUUGAAUUUUCUGGACUUGAAUUAACUGGAAGAAAGCCUGAAGCUACAGUAACAAUUUUAAAAAUUACAAGAACUUGGUGUCCUAAUUUUUAUUGUAUCAAAGGUGUAGAAACAGUGCCAACUUGGUAUACUACUUUAAGCUCUCACUUAACUAAAAUGUUCCUUUCUUCCAAGACUUUUUGUGAUCAUUUUUGAUAUUAUGUUUGAUUCCAAAAUAUUAUAGCCUUGAAUAAUCUGUAAAAUCAUGCAGUCAUUAGGCCAUAAAUUGUCCUCACUGUAUCUUGGGUCACCUUGCUGUUCAAAGAGAGGUCCAAAGACCAACAUCAGCUUCUUUUGUAGCUUGUUAGAAAUGGAGACUGUCAGGCCCCACAGCAGACUUACUGAAUUGUAAACUGCAUCUCAAUGAGAUCCUCAAGGCAUAUGUAUGCUCAUUAAAGUUUGAGGCACACUGGUCUAAAAGAAAAUGGGAUGUCAUACAUAUGUAGACAGGGAGAGGAGGUGUUUAUAACUCAGGAUUAAUUUAUUUUGAAAUGAUCAAUUGUAUAAAUCUAAUUUAUUACCAACUAUGAUGGUCUUUAAAAAAAGAUAUUUUUAUUGUUGAAACCUUGACAGGUACUUCAUAUUCUUAGCUUAUAACUUAAAUGGUACAGUAACAUUAGCAUUCACUUAGACAUUUGGACACCUACCAAGAUUUUUGGGGGUAUUUAUUCUUAACUAGCAUAACACAUAAUCUAUUUGCAUCUCAAUAAAUUGUGAAUGGAACUACUUUA